ACGACCGCAUUGAUUAUCAUAAUCGCAUUUCAAGAGUGUUAUUCGAAGACCUAUGCUCUGAUCUGUUUGAGGAUACAAUCAAACCAAUAGAGAAAGCCCUAAAAGAUGCUCGUAUGUUAAAAAGCCACAUUCAUGACAUUGUAUUAGUUGGAGGCAGUACUCGAAUACCAAAGAUAAAAGAUCUCUUAAAGGAGUUUUUUAAUAAAGACCUAACUAGUUCUAUCAACCCAGAAGAGGCCAUCGCCUGCGGUGCAGCGAUUCAAGCAGCAAUCCUGUCUGGACAUACAAAUGAAAUCAAUAAUUUGCUUCUAGUCGAUGUUGUGCCAUUAUCUUUAGGUGUUGAAACAGCAAGGGGCAUGAUGUUCAAAGUAAUAGAACGUAACACGCCAAUACCAUGCCGUAAAGUCAAGGAAAUCACCACUUUGGAAGAUUACCAGAAUUGUAUGACAAUAGAAGUGUUCGAGGGCGAAAGAACACUGACAAAAGACAAUAUUUUAUUAGGUGUAUUUGAGCUGAAUGACAUUCCGCCAGCACCGAGGGGAGUUGCCAAAAUCGAUGUAAUUUUCGAUAUAGAUGCAAAUGGCAUUUUAAAAGUUUCAGCACGUGAUAAGCGCACAGGCAAUUGUGAGACUAUCACUAUAGAAAAUUCGCAUCGUUUAAGUAAUAAUGACGUAAGCAGAAUGAUCGCUAAUGCUGAGAAGUUUCGAGAAGAAGAUAUCGAGAAUAGAAAAAGAUUGGAGGUCAGGAAUCAGUUGGAGACUUAUAUUUAUGGGGUUAAGCAGACUGUGGUCGAUAGCUUGGAGAGUCUGAGUAGCAACGAGUGUGCAUUUUUGAUUGGGGAAUGCAAAGACGCUAUCGCCUGGGUAGAAGAGAACAUGGACUGUCUUCGAGAGGAGUAUGAGAGAAAGAUGUCGGAAUUGCUACGUCGUUGGUCUGCUACUAUAAGUAAAUUGAAUCAGAGAUGGAGGCAUCGUGCUAAAAGACAGAGAAGUGAAAACAUAGAGAACGAAGCGACAACAAUUACGGAGGUUGAUUAGGUUUAGGAUUAUUCUGUGUUGGAAAAUGCGCAUUAUAAUAAGAAUUAAAAAUUAAAAUUUAAGAGUAGUUCUAGAAUUUCAGAUCACCAAUUUUCUAGAAGGUUUAAUCAAGGACUACAUUUACCCCAUAAUGCCAUAUGGGUCAUACAUCUAGAAUAUUUUGAAAAAUAGCUUUAUUACUUUUGCCUACCUCAAUUUGUAAUUAAAUUAAUUAAUUUAAAAUAUAGUAAGCAAAAUAUACAGUGUUUUAUUUUUAAUCUCCAAAACAUCUUAGUAAGUAUAUUUCCAAGUAAAAACUUAUAUUGUUUCCUUCUCGGCACCUAAGGGAGUGUUCAAGUAUUACGUCACUCAAUUUUUAGAGAUUCUUGACCCCCUCCAUGUAUCUCGCCGUAAUAUUUUUCUGUACCCAAUAGUAAAACGUUUCGUUACCACCCAGUGACUCAUUAAACCUAAAAGUUGUAUGUGGUGUAUAGUAUCGGAAAGUCGAAAAUAAUAUUAACAAUAAUGCAUAAUUCAAUCCCCGACCCGCAUUGUAACUUUUCGCCCCCCCCCCCCCUCAAAUUCGUAACGUAGUACUUGAACACUCCCUAAUGCCGUUUAACUUUCGUACAUUGGGUGGUGAUAGUAACAAUAGAUAGAAACCUAGAGGCGUCACAUCACUCGUUCGUAAGAAGAUUCUUGCUUAUUAGAAAAACAAUCACGGAACAGAUACAUAAAUCUGAGGCCCAGACCUAAAAGGUUAGCGUUACUGCUCUGUACGAUACGGGUCAAUUUAUUUACCACACACACACACACAAUCCUACCAAUGUAUUUUAAUAUUUGCGUUCAGUAAAGUUCCAUUUUUCCGUGUUCCUGUCACGAUCCACUAUGAAGAUAGUUAAAUGUUUGUAUCUAUUCAUUCCUAUAAUUGAGAUAUGACGUAAUAUAUAUAAAAUAACACUCUCAAUGUGUGACGGAACUUUAGCGACAUCAUUGAAUAUCGAUCUUUAUUUAAUUGUCUAGAGAUUUAAUUAACUCUCUGAUUUAACGGGAACUGUAUAAAUAAACCAAACCAUAUAAAUUCUGACAUAUAGGGUUUGCAAGUUGCGUUUUAUUAUUUACGUUUAU